UCUUAACCGCUGAGCCAUCUCCCCAGUCUGAGAAAUGUGGCAGUUUCUCACAUUAGGCUCCUGUGUAUUUUAAGAAAACGCUUCCUAUCUCUGAGGUCAUUAAAUGUUCUUUACAGUUUCUUCUAGACGUAAAAGUUUUGUUUUAUAUAUUCGGUUCUUCAUCCAGAUUCAGCUUGUAUUGAAGUCCCACGUCCAAGCAUCUCCAUCCUCCUCUUCCUCCUCUUUUUUUUUUUCCCUCUUCCCUUCCCCUCUUCGGUCCAGACAAAGGUAAUGCUGAUGUGCCUGGUCCUGGGGGGACACUUUGGGGGACAUUCCCACCCGUUCUGCAGGAAUCUGACGGCAGGGGGCGCUGUGCGGAGCCGCGCUGGGUGCGUCGGGCUCUCUGGCACGUCCUCUCGCCUCCUCUGGGCUUCUGGCGUGGCUCCCGCACGCCAGCAUGGACCGUAACCCGUCGCCUCCGCCGCCUAGCUGCGAUCAGGAGGACCAGGAGGACCCGGCCGGGGGAGACUGCAUUGGGAGCACGGUCUACAGCAAGCUCUGGCUCUUCAGCGCCCUCAGCGGGCUCAUCCAGAUUGUCACACUUGAAAGUGACAAGUCCGACUCAGAUGAUGAUGAGCAGCAGAUGGAGCUUGCUGAAGAAAUGGAGAAUGAAAUUUGCAGAGUCGGGGAUAUGUCCAUGGAUGAGGAUGUGGCUUUAUUUCUCCAAGAAUUUAAGGCUCCUGACAUAUUCAUGGGAGUGCUGGCCAAAUCCAGGUGCCCCCGAUUAAGAUUUCUGGCCUGGAUAUCUGACACUCUGUCUGGAGCUGGAGAGGAGGAGGGAGGCCUUCACCAACAUUAUGUAUCUGAAUGACAUAAGCCUGAUGGAAGGGGACAAUGGUAUGUAAAUUCCAAAUGUAACUCCUCAUUGUGGUGUUCUGGAAGUCUCUCCUCACUUUUCAGUAAGCAAAUUUGAACAUUUUAGAGGUUGUCUACAUAGUUUAGAUAACUGUUAAAACUGUGGGGCCUUGCCUAGUCUUCGGUAUAUUAUGGCUUCGUUUCUAUUUAACAACUGCUUACCGUUUUAAGCACUAUACUCCAUGUUUUCACAUGCUGUUGUCAGUGAGAUAACUUGGGAUAGGUAGUCUCAGAACUGGACAUCUGCCUUUCAUUCUUGCCCACUUUAAAGCUCUUUCUGUUCAGCAGCUAGAAUGAGUCUUAAAAAAAAAAGAAAAAGAGGGCUGUGGUGGUAUUGUGUUCCCCAAAAUAUUGUGUACCCUAAUAAAUUUAUCUGGGGUCAGAGAACAGACAGCCAAUACAUACAAAGGCUAGAAAGUGGUGGCACACACACCUUUAAUCCUAGCACUCCAGAGGUAGAAAUCCCUCUGGAUCUCUGUGAGUUCAAGGCCACAUUGAAAAUGGCCAGGCAUGGUGACACACGCCUUUAAUCCCAGAAAGCAGCCUUUAAUCCCAGGGAGUGAUGGUAGAAAGGAAAGAUAUAUAAGGCGUGAAGACCAGAAACUAGAAGCAUUUGGCUGGUUAAGCAUUUGGCUGGUUAAGCAUUUGGCUGGUUAAGCUUUUAGGUUUUGAGCAGCACAGUUUAGCUGAGACCCAUUCGGAUAUGAGGACACAGAGGCUUCCAGUCUGAGGAAACAAGACCAGCCGAGAAGUUGGCAAGGUGAGGUAGCUGUGGCUUGUUCUGUCUCUCUGAUCUUCCAGUGUUCACCCCAUAACUGGCCUCGAGUUUGAUCUUAUUAAUAAGAACUGUUAAGAUUCAUGCUACAGAGAGCUGGCAAGAUGGCUGAGCAGGGAAGAGCACUUGGUGUUCUUGCAGAAGGCCAGAGUGGUUCCCAUCACCCCAUGUUGGGUGGAUCAUACUUGCCUAUAAUCCUAGUUCCAUGGACUUUAACACCCUUUUUUGGCUUCU